UACAAUCAGCUGAAAUGUUUUUAAUUUCUGUGAAUGAAAAUAAAUAUAUGAAACCUAUAAAAAAUGAGAAUUAACAAUAAAUAUCGUUAAAUCUAAUCUCUAAUGAAGAUCAAAAGAUGGCUAACUGUGAUACAAACAAUUGUUCCAUAGCAAUAAAUGUUGAAGAUGAUCAUGUUUCAAUCAAUAUGCUUGAUGAAUCCGCUGGACAGAAUGCAUGUGGAGAUAAACCUUCAAACAUAUCUCCAAAAGGAAAGGGUGACAAUGAGCGGAGUGUAGGAGGGUCCCUGGGAGAUCUUCUGAACAAUCCCUCUAAAGAUUUGAAAGGAGAAGAAGAUCAUAUUCUCCCUCCUUACUCUCCUGUAAAAGUGCCGAAUACUGACAUUGCAGGGAAAGAGACUCAAUUUGAAAAGAAGCCUGAUGUUAAUACACCAUCAGAUGGUAUACUGAAAGCAUCUGAACCUCAACAAGGAUAUCCUGGAGGCUAUCCACAAGGAGGGGGGACCCACCACCAGGAGGAUAUCCACAAGGAGGGAGAUAUCCACAAGGAGGUGGAUAUCCACCACAAGGAGGAUAUCCACAAGGAGGAGGUUAUGGCGGAGGAGGAUAUCCACAAGGAGGAGGCUAUCCCGGGGGAGGAUACGGACAAGGAUAUCCACAAGGAGGUUAUGGUCCCUAUCCUCAGGGUGGUUACCCCCAACAAGGCUAUCAGCCAAAUCAAAAUAUCGGACCCUAUCGCAUGGCUCGACAAGAUGGAUUCUAUGAUGAAGAAACGUAUGAGGCUUUCUCCGAUGAAGACGUGAGGAGGGAUUUUGUCAGAAAUGUCUAUUCUGUACUUUCUCUGCAACUGCUAUUCACAACUGCAAUGAUUGCCCUGUUUACAUUUAGCGAUGAGGUACAGGAAUGGGCACUUGACAACCUUUGGGUCAUGUGGGUUGGCAUGGGUGUAUUCCUGUUCUCCUAUUUGGCUCUAGUGUGCUAUGAAAGCGUACGAAGAUCUUUUCCUAUGAACUUUAUAUUCCUUGUUUUGCUGACAGUGGGAAUGUCAUUUAUAGCAUCUUAUGCUACCCUCCAGUACGGAACUAGAAUAAUUCUCAUCACCGCUGGUCUCACGUGUGCAGUGUGCAUCACUGUCACUAUUAUUGCAUGCGUCUGUCCGGUCGAUAUCACUGGAUGUGGAGGUAUCCUGUGCCUCAUAGGCCUUGGUGUCAGCAUAUUCUCUAUGGUAGCAAUGGUUCUCAUUGUUUUCUUCAAAAUGAAGUUUCUAAUACUGGUAUUAUCAGGAGUCAUGGUAGCAUUAUUUACAGCGUAUCUGAUGUAUGAUACCCAGAUGAUAAUGGGAGGAAAACGUCUGGAAAUGUCGCCAGAAGAAUACAUCCUAGGAUCUGUCCAACUUUACAUCGAUAUCAUCUACAUAUUCAUCUACUUGCUUCCACUUGUUAACGCCUGCUGUGAUGAAUGACAUGUCAUUUUUGUGUUAUUGAAUUAAAAUUAGAAGAUACAAAUUGAGUCACA